AUGUGGAAUUACAUGGUUUUGAGUUUAGCCCAUUUGAAAUGUGCAUUUGAGAUUCUUCUAUAUAACCAGUUCUCUUUCCCAGAGCCUGAUAUUAAUAAGUAUUACUGUGCUUAUAGCAAUAUUACUUUAUAUAAACCCGGUUCAGAAGAAGUAAUGAGAGUAACCCGACUCGAAUACUCUAAAGAAAAAGAUAAUAACGAUGAUGAUCAUCAUCAGUGUGCUGUGUGCCUGUGUGAGGUUAAAGAAGGAGACGAGAUCGCAGAGCUGAGAUGUUGCCACGUGCUCCACUUCCGUUGCUUGGAGAGAUGGGUCGUCGGAUCCAAGCAGAGGACGUGUCCUCUUUGCCGUGGAACUCUUGCUCCGCCGCUACGUCACCGCGCAGAAGCAGUGGAGAAUAAAGGAGUGGAAGUUCUGUUCUUCAAGUUUUGCUCUUUCAGUAGUUAUAGUACUUCUCAAGAUCACGGCGAACGUGACUCAUGGUGGCUACGUUGA